AUUUUAUAUUUUAUUAUAAAAUAAUAAUAAAAUGGGAAAAAACUAGUUCACGGAAUUUAGCACGAGAGCUGAAUCGUGGACUAGAACCUUCUCUAUGCUUGCGAAAUCAUCCGGAAACAUGACUAAGCUACUACUCAUCGGAAUCCACCCACCACCACACCAUACCAAUGGAAAUUAAUAUAGUACAAGGUUCAGGCUCUGUGAGCAGGGAAGAGGAAGAGCAACUGGGAAGAAAUUAAAUUAAACUAAAGAGAGGAAGAGGAGUAGAGAAGUGAUGGGAGUGGAUUACUAUAAGAUUUUGCAGGUUGAUAGGAGCGCUAAGGACGAUGAUAUCAAAAAAGCUUACAGGAAGCUUGCCAUGAAGUGGCACCCUGAUAAGAAUAUUAAGAAUAAAAAGGAAGCUGAGGCUAAGUUCAAACAGAUUUCUGAGGCCUACGAGGUUCUAAGCGAUCCCCAGAAAAGAACAAUUUAUGAUCAAUACGGAGAAGAGGGUCUAAAGGGUCAGGUGCCUCCGCCGGAUGCUGGCGGCGGGCACGCUGGGGCCUCCUUCUUCUCCACGGGCGAUGGGCCUACGCGGUUUCGGUUCGAUCCUCGAAAUGCAGACGACAUUUUUGCGGAGUUCUUUGGGUAUUCAAGCCCGUUCGGAGGAAUGGGCAGUCGAGGUGGAGGGAUAAGAGAGGGCUCCGGGUUUUCGAGCGCCUUCUUCGGUGAUGAUUUGUUUGGGUCUUUUGGGGGAGGAGGAGGAGGAUCAGUGCAUCAUGCUCCGCGCAAAUCUCCUCCAAUUGAGAUCAAGUUGCCGUGCAGCCUUGAAGAACUUUACAUGGGGACUACCAAGAAGAUGAAGAUCUCAAGAGAUAUUGUUGAUGCCAGUGGCAAGACCAUGCCAAUAGAGGAGAUUCUAACCAUCCACAUAAAACCUGGGUGGAAGAAAGGGACAAAGAUCACUUUCACAGAGAAGGGGAAUGAGCAGCCAGAUGUUAUACCUGCAGACAUAGUCUUCAUCAUUGAUGAGAAACCCCACGCUGUGUUCACACGGGAGGAAAAUGACCUUGUUGUCACUCAAAAGAUGUCUUUGGUUGAAGCCUUAAAUGGCUACACUGUCCGUCUCACUAUGCUGGAUGGCAGGAGUUUGUCGAUCCUUAUUAACAAUGUGAUUCAUCCAAAUUAUGAGGAGGUUGUGCCAGGGGAAGGGAUGCCAAUCCCAAAAGAUUCAAAAAGGAGGGGAAACUUGAGAAUCAAAUUCGACAUCAAGUUCCCAGCAACGUUGACUGCAGAGCAGAAAGCUGGAAUAAAGAAACUGUUGGCUCCUUGAGAACCAAUACAGCCAGUAAUGCCCUGCAGUGGUGAAGCACUUGGUGUAAAUAUAAUGUUCUCUCAUAUGAAGCAGUGUGUGGUGAGCUUCAGUGGGUGAGUUUUUUUUAAUGCAGUUUAUUUUUUUUUUUUUUUUCAUUUUUGUUUUUUUUUCACUUGUCUGGGUAAUACAUUUUAAGUUGUCAGUGUACUUGAUUUUGGUUGAUAUUCUUGUUUAGUUUGAAAAUGGUAGAACGGUAACAUGACUAGUUACUCAUCCAAA